AUGUGGCACGUCCUCAACCGCUUCAUCGCCAAGACCACCCGCCGGAACGAGUACAUGGCGGCGCAAAAGACCGCGCAGGAGGUCAUGGAAGGCGAAGACAAGAUCGUGGAAUCCAUGCGACGCUUCGCCAACGACGCCAAGUGCGUGGAGUAUUUGAAGACCUUCAAAGAGGACUCCGAGUCCAAGAUCGCUGCGUACCGCAAGGCGCUGGUGGUGAAGAUGCAGGAGGAUCUCACCGAGCGUGCGAGUAAGCAGCUCCAGGCGAUUGCCGCCUUCGAGGCUGGCAUGGGCUCAGCGAUGCAGGAUUUGGUAGUGCGAGAGGCAGCGGCGUCCUUCAAGGAGAAAUUCCCAGGUGACAAGGGCAUGCAAGACAAGGCCUUCAGCGCUGCGGUGAAGGCGCUGAGUGGAGCAGCCGUGGAGGUGGCGGAGGACCCAGUGGCGAAGCACUUUGCAGACGCCUUCCAGUCCUUGCAGGGCGUGGACCUGGCAAGCUCCAAGGCCGACGCCAAGGGCUCGUUGGCCGAACGUGUGGCCUUUGCCCAGCAAGCGAAAGAGAAGGAGUUCCAGGAGUCCUUCAUGGUGACGCCCAAGGAGGCCGAAGAGGUGAAGUCCUUGGCCAGCAAGGCGAAGAGCGGCCAGGACUAUGACUUCUCGAAGAUGCCGGCGGAAGCCUUGCAGAGGUUGGAGGCGCUCUAUACCAGUAUCAACGCCAAGGUGGGCUAUGCACUUCCCGAUGGGUUGGGUGCCAAGCCCUUGACGACCACCUCUGACAGCACAGCCAACUCCUAUGUGGACAAGGUCAACGCGCAGCUGUCUGCGGCCACAGCCAAGCUCAGAGAUGCCCGCUUGAAGGCCUUCGUGGAAGCCUUCUAA